ACAAGCCAGCAAGCAGGUACACAGGCUAGCAAGCAUGUGCGCAGGGCAGUGAACAAAGCGGUAGUGGUCAUAUGAUGAGCCACUCAGAAGUGGCAGGGAGGCCGAGGUGAACACGACUGACCACCACCAACUCCCAGUAUCACUUCUACUGCCUCGCUCACCUGUAUGCACCACCCACCUUCCUAACACCACACACAUCAUGGCAGUCCAUGUGGUGUUAGUGGCGGUGACUGCGGCUGCCCUGAUUCUGCCUUCACACGCAGCACCAACGGCAUCGUUCGUCGGGUGCUACUUGGCUGGCGUGGAUCCCUCCGUCAUCACUGUGUCCAUUGAUUCCAGCUUCGCUAGCAAUGUGGAAGUGCUGUGCCCACACACCUGCCUUAUUCAAGGCUUCGCUUAUGCUGCCAUCAGUGAAGGCAAACUCUGCUUCUGCUCCUCUGAUGUGAGUACGCUGACGACGGCAGGAACGUGCGACAUACCGUGCAGUGACUCGUCGCUGCAGUGUGGCGCCGUAGACAACAAUGUUUUAGCUGUCUGGCAGUCUGGUGGCGGCAGCCCUAACUUUACCAUGUCUGCCUCCAAUACUGCCACUGCUGUUACGGUGACUAUGACUGCCGUGGCUCCUGGAAUCACCUACCUCAUCGACCUGGGGGUCCAGGCUCCUGCGUCCUACGCCAACGCCAGUGUUCUCACAACUGACCCCUACCUCGUCCCCGGCUCCUAUGAUGUCAGAGUGAUGAGUAUGAUAGAAGGAACUUGGCUGAACUACUACGCUGACUUCAACCUAACACAGACGGCCGUGCCCUCCGUUGAUGAAGUGGGAUGCCCAAUUGUGUGGAACCCCAACGAAGUAUAUUACUGUAACGUGUCAGUGACGAUGGCUAAUGCCACCUACUCCUACACUGCUACCUUCAGUGACAGCGCCACUACCUAUCCUAUCACUGCUAUAGGUUCUACCAUAUACAGAAAAGGUACACCAGCUCCCAGAGCCAUCACACCAAUGGUGGCCCUGGGUGACAGUGCCACAGCAACUAUCAAUAAACUAGAGCCCAUUACCAAACCCUCGCAGCUUCUGGCCUUCGACAUGUACGCCAACACUGCGGGAGCUUUCUCCAUCAGUAUGCAGCGUCCGUCGUGUGCCAGCGGUCAGUACUCUGUGGAUGUGGGAGGGUGUAUGAGUGCCCCGCCAGACGACCCUCUGGGCACCACCCACACCUGCCCUGCUUCCAAUGUCUUCUGGCCACAGGCUACCACCUGCAGCAGUAGUGCAGGUGUUGCUCUAGUCCAGCAAGCUGCUGCAACCUGGGCACCUGUAGCAGGUACUGAAGUAUCAGGUUCAUUUACUGGAGAGGGCUUCCACCGAGAAGUAAUGGCAACCCCAGUUGACUUGCUACCUGGAGACGUUAUCACCAUAACAGGACCAGUUGGCAAAAGCCCUCAGGCAAGUGCUGGUGGAGAUAUAGUUGCUGGAGUUCCAUCAACCUCACAUCACUAUGUGGCUGCCAUCGUCAAGGAGAAUAUGCCUGUUCAACUUGCACAUAGCUGCAUCACUGUCAAUGUUGAUGUAAACCUCAAAGUUACAGAUGAUAAUGGAGUGGCAACGCCCUUAACAAAUAUUACUUCAUGUGAACGAAACAUCACAGAUGUUCAAAUAACUAUCGCACAGUUGCUCACUGAAACAUUCAACGCCUCUCUCAACUUGGCACCACCGUACUACAUCAGGUCCAACAUAAAUGCCAACUUCACUGCAGUGUUCAGUGUGGCAGGACCAAUCAGCCUCACUUUCUCCUUUGAACCAUCUGUUGGAACCAACUAUACAUUCAAUGAUACUGGAGACUAUCCACUAGGCACAGUGCCCCAUCAGUUAACCUAUCCACUUACACUGACUGAAGACACAUACAUAGCCACAGUGUUUGCACAGAACAAGCAUAAUAUUAUCUCCGGUCCCAUCUCCAACUCCACCCUCUUAUACGUGCAAAAUGAAGUGACAACAACUUGGGAAGUUAAUGAGCUUAAUUCUGCAGGCUUCCUCAUAAUGCCUCAGCUCCCUGGGAUCAAAUUCACGGAUACUUCCGGGGCUCCCUUUCCCACUAACGCCUCAGUCACGAUCAACUGGGAUGAUGGUGUGAUCCAGACCCUACCCUUUGUGGAUCCUGGAACCAGCCAACCUUUGUUCAAUCAUACCUAUGCCAAGGGUGGAUACUACAAUGUCACUGCCUACAUCUUUAAUAUCGUGUCCGGAUUUAAUGUUAACUGCACGAUGUACAUUGUGGAAGAAAUCUUGAACUUUAAGAUUACAAAUAAUUACUUGCCAACAUCCGCAACUGGUGGUAGACCGGGCUUUGGUAAAUUGAAGAACCAGUAUCCCAUGGAUAAAAACCUCUCAUUUAUUCCUUUCAUGACUCAAGGUACUGUGGAUUAUUAUAUUGUCAUAAAUGAUACCUCUGGGUCAGAGAUGUUUAGGUUCACGGUACCUAACCCCUUCACUCCCCUGGCCUACCCCUUCCAGGAUUACAUUGGCUUUGAGACUGAAUUGAAUAUGACUGUGAUAGCAGUCAAUGCCUUCCAGUCAGUGAAUGUCUCUCUGUCUCUCGAUAUUGUUGGCCAAAUUAGAGUGUGUCAGAUUGAUGACUUCUCCAUUGUUACACAAAAGAAUGAAAUGAAAACAUUUUCAAUAACGUUUGAGAGUGUAGGAGCAGGAACUUGCCUUAUAGUGGACUUCGGUGAUACUGAUCUUAAAGAGAUUCAUUCAUAUGGGGAGAACUCUACAUGUCAAUCAGCUUACAGCAGUGCCAUCUACCACCCAACUCCAGCGCUCGAUGUUGCCAUCAAUAUAACACAUAAUUAUAAAUGGGAUGAUGUGUUCAAUGUGACGAUGUAUGCAUUCAACCCCAUGAGCAGCUGUUUACAGCGUAUCAUGACCCUGGUGACCAACAUACACUGCAGGCCUCCUCUAAUGUAUAUUGACCAGGGCAGCCCAAAUUUUGAGAUACCUAUACAGUUCUACAAGAGCGUUGAUAACACCCUCAAUACCAUUGCUACCAUCAACUGCGAACUCACCAGCAACACAAAAAAACGCUGGCAACUUUACCUGGCCAACUCUACUACUGGAGAACUGAUAGAGUUUAUCCCUACCAUGUAUGUGUUUGAUUCAUGGAACAAGCCACAACUCACAAUACCGGCAAGAACCUUCAACUAUAACCUAUAUGUAGCUUGGUAUACACUGACCAUGUGGGGACUACUGGCCUUCACAGAUCCCGAGUUGAUCCUGCUUGGGAGUGACUUUGUGUCUUAUGGUGCCACAUACGAGAUGAAGGCCACCAUUACUAAAGACACAAGAACUGCAUUUGCAGUGGGUCAAGUUGCAGUUGUUAGCUACCUCCCACCAGUGAUCAAUGUGAGGUACAGCAUCAACAAUUAUGGUUUGUCACGCCUCUGGAAUGGUGUCGCCAUAAAUCCAUCCAAACCGUGUGGGUUUUUUGCUGCAUGGUCCCGGAUGCGGGACCCCCCUCACGAUAAUAGGGUAGUCGCAGAUGGCAAUGAUGUUCCUUUCCCUAGCAACCCACUUCACUUUCCACUUGGUUUUAAUAAUGAAGAAGUUUCUCUGAGUACCCAGUUCUUUGAUGACAAUCCGAGCUUGACCAUCAUUCACUUCUCCAUAACAGCGACCGGGAGCGACGGUUCUGUAGGAAAUUCUGUCUACUUCAUGAAAAUAAAUCAGAAACCUCGCAAUGGGUCAUGCAAUGUGACUGCUCCAUCAACUCAGCUGGCACUUAUUGACCACUUCAUGCUCACGUGUAAUGGCUGGCAGGACCCAGAUGGAACCAUAACUGAUUAUGUAGUCAGCAUCAUUGAUGCUGAUAAUGUGGUGACAACAAUUUUGGACAUGAAACAAGGUGGAGUGCCUCCUCAAGUAGGAACACUUGUGCUUCCUCCUGGGGUCUUCAAUAUCAGUGUUCAGGUAUUGGACCGGGCAGGGGCCUUCACCACUGUCACUGCUACUAGUGGAUUGCAGGUGUAUAUGCCAUCCCAAGCAGCUCUUGCUGCAGCUGAUAUUACUGGUGUGAUCGCAGCACUUCGGGGCUCAGGAGAUCAGCAGCUGCUGAACAUGGUGCUACUUGCUCAACAAAAAGUGGCUGAUAAUGCUCCGUGGCUGGCUGUGGAUGCAAACAGUGUUAAGAAUCUCACCCAGGAUCAGAUCAAUCAACGUAUAGCAGCCAAAGCAAACAUGAUCAAUGACGCUCUCACCUCCAUCCAACAAAAUAGCAACCUUGAUUCUCUGACUAACAUUAAUAUUGUUGCAAGUAUGCUGGCCUCUAUCCUUGUGGCAGCUUCAAAGGAUCACGUAACAAUUCAGACCAUCGACACCCAAGCACGAGAUAAAAUCCUGCAGAUCUCUCAGAACAUUGGUGCAAGAAUUCUGAAGAUGGACAUAGCAACUCCAGAGGAUCUUGUGCCGGCAGUGACAAGCAUCGCUGCUAUUAACAGUGGCAUGGGUCUGAGCCAAGAUAAGAGCGGCCACAGACAAAAUGGGCAGUGUGUCGCACCGUGGUCUGAUGUUGAGAAUGCAGAGUCACUGGAUUAUUCUGUCAUUGUUUCAGAUGUGAACAUGGUGGUCGAGGCAAAUCCUUUAGAUGCUGUCAAGUGUAAUGUAAUGGACGUAACAAGGGAACGAGCCCAAUCAAUAGUCCCAGGCUCAGAUAAAGUGCUGACCGAUGUGCAGGUGAAGAUGAUGAAAGCCUACGUAGUUGGGGAAAGCAAUACCAUGAGCACUCCUAAUGGUGUUAACAUAAAAAUGGGAAUGUUAAAAAGGCAAGCAGUGAGCAGUAUGACAGUGGGCACAUCUGGUGCAGCUGUCAAUCUACCAGAGAAUUUUUGUCCAAGUCCUAACUGCACAGGAAGUACUCCCUUGGGAGUUGUACUUCAAGAGUGGCCAGCUGUCUCAUACAGUUUUCCAGAUUCUGCCAGUAAACUCUCAAGAGGAACCAAGAUUGUCGACUUCUCUCUGCAUUCUCGAUCUGUAGAAGAGUUGUCAGUGAAGAACCUCCCACCAGAUCAAAGGAUUGUUGUGAAUAUUCCCAUAACAGUAGGAGAGAGAGGCAACACAACUUUACCAGCGAUGCAGAGUGUUAAUGCCAUCCAGCAGUCUGCUCUGAAGUCCAUACCUGUGAUAUACACCACUUUCAAUGUUUCUUUGCCGGAUUCUACGAUCAAUGUGGAGAUUGCUCCGGACACUAUCAACCCCCGCCUCUUUCUGUUCAUUAACCAGCCACGUUUACCUACCUUUAAGUCCAACAUGGCAUUCACUCUAGUGAGGGACCUUCCACUGAAUAAUGGUACAUAUGAAUAUUUAUUGCUGGCUGACAGUCUGGCUGGUAUUGGUCGGUACUUUUUGGGUGUUGGCGAGUUUAAAAGUGCCUUUAACAUGAGUCUGCUGAACAAUUCUGCGCAGAACAACAUCAACAUGGACGUAGUGCAGAACAUAUCAACCAAUUAUCGGCUUCGUAUAACAGUCAACGGUGCGGCAUUUCUGAACAAGUCAUCGAUGAAUUGGGAGACACAAGGUGUUGUUGUAAAAAAUGUCACUAAGACCAUGACUGUAUGUGAAAGUGACCAUCUGACAAGUUUUGGAGCUGGAAUGUUUGUCAUGCCUAACACAAUCGACUUCAACUACGUGUUCGCACAUAUGGGCUUCGCUGACAACUUAACCAUUUACGUUACUCUUAUUAUUUGCUUCUCCCUCUUUGCCCUCAUGAUGAUAUGGGCUCGAAUAAAUGACAGAAAGGAUGUCCAGAAGGUUGGGGCAUCACCCAUGCCCGACAAUAAGGUAGAGGACAAGUAUUUGUAUGAAAUUCUAGUUUUUACGGGGAAUAUCGCUGGUGCACAGACAGACUCUGUCGUGCAGUUCAUCUUGUCUGGAGACUAUGAUGAAACUGACAUUCGCACUCUUGGUGACGAUCAGCGCAAGAUCCUUCGGAAGGCUGACCUCGAUGUCUUUGUGAUGGCCGUUCCAAGACCUCUGGGACCUCUGCAGUUCAUGAGGAUUUGGCACGACAAUAGUGGCAAGGGUAUCAAUGCUUCUUGGUACCUCAGUUGUAUUGUGGUGCGUGAUGUACAGACUGAUGAAAAGUUUGAGUUCCUCUGUGAACAGUGGUUUGCUGUGGAGAGUGAUGAUGGACAGAUUGAGCGUCUACUUCAAGUUGCAGGAGAGGAGCAGAGGAAGGAGUUCAUGCAUCUCUUCAAGACCACCACUAGUAGGAACCUGACAGAGAACAUCUCUGGUUCUGUAUUCCUUCGGCCAGCACGGUCACGCUUUACAAGGUGUCAACGAGUAGGAGCGUGUUUUUCAUUGCUGUUCCUGUCCAUGUUGGGAGAAGCCAUGUGGUAUGAAAAAGAAGAAGAAGAUCCUAGUAAUUCUGGAGUUCAGAUUGGCCCAUUCAACAUGAGCUCAACUAGGGUUUUUAUUGCAAUAAUGACCAACCUGCUCAGGUUACCGGCAUCAUUCGUCAUUGUAUACAUAUUCCGUAAGUCACGUCCAAGAAAGCUCCGCAGGUCACGAGUUGAGCUGGCCCUCGAGAGAGCAAGGUUAGCAAAUCAAACAGAGAGUGACGGUAACAUCAAGUCAGAUGUUACAGCUAUUCAACCACCUGAACCACCUCAAAGAUUACCUCACAUUCCCUCAGAGUUACCUGAAUCACAAGAGUCACAUAAAAAGGAAAAAGAGAAAGAGAAAAAGAAGGAAUGCAUGUUGCCAUGGUGGUUCAACCUGGUAGGCUGGGCCUUUGUUGCAGUUUGCAUCGGUUGCUCAUGCUUCUUCCUCCUGAUGUAUGGCAUCACAUUUGGAAAUGCUAAGACUAGUAAAUGGGUUUCAACUCUGAUUCUUGCUAUCUUCUCAGAUAUUCUCAUUAUUGAUCCUGUGAAGAUAUUCUUUAUGGCCUUAUUGCUGAGUGCCAUUUGUAAACCUGAUGAUGUGGAAGAGGAUGACUCUGAGGAGGAUGAAGAGGAGAUGGAGCUACAGUAUGAUGAAGCAUGGCUGCACAGAGGAGGUGAGCCUCGCAAACGUAAACUUAUGGACAACAUGGUGAGUGAGGAGGCCUUGAGCAAGCUUAGGCAGGCCAGAUUGAAAGAAUUAGAGAUGUGGAGCAUGUUGAAAGAAGUCAUCUCUUAUACAUUCUUCUUGUGGAUUUUUCUUAUCAUUACAUAUAGUAACAGAGAUAGAAAUGAAUAUCUUCUACAUGAGAACCUGAGAAAAGCCUUCAUACACGAGGGCCGAGAUAUGGAUUUUCCCAGUCCUACUUUUUAUACUCAGGUGAACACUCCUGACAACCUUUGGAACUACUUAUAUAAUGGGGUGCUAGGUGAAUUACGAGCAGGAAGCUACUACAAUGGGAAAAAACCUUAUGGGUUGCGAGGCUACCUGAAUGACCAAUGCAACCGCAUCAUGGGCUACGCCAUCAUUAGACAGAUUCGUGUCAAAAGUUACUCCUGCAGGAUUCCAUAUGUGAUGAGAUUGUUUGAGAAAGAGUGCAACAGCUACAAUGGGAUACUGGAUGAAGAUAGCCAGGACUAUUGUGCUGGAUGGAUUCCUACUGAUAGUUAUAAUGUCAACAUUUCACAGUGUUCAAUGCCUGAGUUCAGGUAUUCAACUGCUGCACAAUUGAACAGUGCACCUAUCUGGGGACAAACCAACUGGUAUGGUGGUGGAGGUUAUGUCAUCCACCUGAAGGCUAGUACAGACGACAUUAUCGCAAGGUUCCAGGAGCUACAGAGUAACCAUUGGAUUGAUGAGAAGACGCGUGCAGUCUUAAUUGAAUUCUCUGUAUAUAAUUCACAGGUUAACCUAUUUGGGAUGUGUACCAUCAUGGCAGAGUUUGUUGCAGGUGGUAUCAUACCUUCUUACAGGUUUGAUGGAAUACGUCUAAUUGAAUAUUACACCAACGCAAACUUGUUAAUUAUUAUCUGUGAAGGGGUGUUUGUUCUCUUUAUUUUGUACUUUACUCUUCGAGAAAUUUACCUCUGUUGCAAACAGAAAUCAGAAUACUUCAAUAGUUAUUGGUACCUCGCUGAAAUCUCAAUACUUGCAGCUAGCUAUACUGCAAUUAUCAUCUAUAUACUCAGAUAUUUUGCUGUACAGGCUGCUCUUGAUGAGUUUAAUAGAACUUUUGGAAAUGGCUAUGUAAGGAUGCAGUAUGCUGCAUCCUUAAAUGAAGUAUAUGGCUACUUGGUAGCUUUCAUUGUCUUUGUUGGCACAAUGAAAUUCAUCAAGGUUCUGAGAUUCCACAGGACUAUAGGUCUCCUGUCAUCCACCCUUCAUCAGUGCUGGGAUGACCUCAGUGUCUUUCUUAUAGCAUUUGUACUCAGCUUCAUGGCCUUCACAUCAAUGUUUUAUGUGCUCCUCAACCAGCGUGUUUCAGAAUUCUACAGCUUCUUCUCAACCACUGAGACCUGCUUCAGCAUGUUGUUAGGCAAAUUCGACUUUAAUGAGAUGAUGACAGGGUCAUUUGUGGUACCAAUCAUGUUCUUCAUAUUCGUCAUGGGAAUUUCAUUUGUACUUCUUAAUCUGCUCUUAACAAUCAUCAUCUUAUCAUUUACACAGGUGAAAGAUGACAUGUUAAAACAACCACAGGAGGACAAAAUGGUAGAAUUUGUAUGGCAUCACUUCCUGAGGCUCUUGGGCCAGAGUGGACUGCGAAGUUCACGUCCUGUGCUGAAGCCUAAAGUUGAGGUUGUUAAUGAGGAGGAAUCGGAAAACAAUGUGACUGUUGAAGAGUUCCCAGAUAAAAUUAACAGAUUCUUGGAUUAUGUGAAUUCAGCAUACUUUGAUGGCAGUCUUGAUGUGAGCAGCAAAGAGGCCCUGAAAUCCUCCAUGUACAAAAGUUCUACACAUCGUCAAAACAGUGGGAUUCCCAGUGAAAGGCAAAAAUAAGAGGAGUAUUAAGCAGUCUGGGCUCACUACACCUUCCUGCACAGUGACUGGCUUUAACUCCUUCAUCUUAGUAACUCUAGCUACCAACAUUUCUUCAAGUUUGUAAAUGCAGAAAUCAUAAUAUUUAACAUAAGUUAUAAAAGUCUUCAUUAUUUCUUGUAUAUUGUAUUGACAUUGAAACUUUUUAUAUUAUAUAUAACCAAGUCUCCCUCACUUUAUGUGCUCAGUGAACACUGAACCCAUUAUAACAUUUAAAACAUUGAGAUUCAUUUUGAAACUUUGCAAAGUCUACAUUUUUUGACUAAUGUUUUCCCCAACAAACACGAGCUUACCAAACAUCCACUAAAUGGUCACACACAAAAAAAUAUAUUUAGUUGACCAAGCAAGCACCAGAUAAAUCUGACCCAAGGCUGGACUUCUGGAGUAGAAAAAUUCUCUGAACUCUACUUGAAUAACCCGCACUUAGGUGACUGAAACUUAUGAUGCAUUUCAGUUUGACUUGGACCAUUAAUGGUAUAACUGAGAAAAAAAUUUAAUUUAAAAUUCAAUCAUAAUCUUAUGCAAUACAAAACCAGGAAAAAAGAUGUAUACUUUCUUUUAUUUGCUUUUACUAAAAAAAUUAUGAGCACGUCAGAUUGGCAAUAAAUAGCUCUAUACUGUACCAAAAAUAUUUACAACUGGUCAAAAAAAUUUAUAAAAAAUUUAAUUCAGAAUUCAAUCAUAUUCCUCCUCCCUUAACUCUUGACUCUUCUCUCCAACACCAACCAACCAUCUUCUCUUUGAACUGAAGUGCUCACAUUAUGAAUGAGUGACUACAUUUCUCCUUACUAUUUCCUUCCUCUUUCCAUCCCUUGAUCCUGAAUUAAUGACCCUUGUGGGUUUAGCACUUUAGUGUGAUUAUAAUAAUAAUAAUAAUGUCUCACCAUAACCCAACCUCAUCUGGCCAGGUGUCCGCUUUCUUUUCCACCAGAAGUGAACCCCUGUGGGUUUGGCAGUCCUUCAUAAAUGUAAUAAUUUGCAUAACCUGGGGCUUUUCAGAAUAUAUGAAGAUAAUGUGACCUAACUUUGUUACAGUAGUACAAUUUUAUAAUAAAUUUUUUGUUUGUCUAUAUUGUCUGACUCUUUGCCCAUGUAUAUGCAGAUUGAAAACAUUAAAAUUAAAAAAAAAAAUUGAUUAUGUUUGUAGGGAGAUUUUCCAUUGUUUGAAAACAUUUAUGUGGCUGCUGCUGCAUCUUAAGCAGUAAUGUGAUAUGUACCUUAUGAAGUGCCUUAUCCUACUUGUAUUUUCUGUUGUACAUUAUGUUGUAUGGAGGUCUCAGUCCUCUCUCUACUAAUCAUAGCUUGGUCUCUGACUGAUCAGGAGUUGGUAAUUCUUUACUGCACAGAUUUAGAAAAAAAAAUGAUCGACUCUUGACUGUGAACGUGUAUUUUCAUAUAAGGCAUGUAUUUGAGUACGAAGUUUAUUAAAGAACCAAAAGGCACAAUACUCGCACAUAGGAGAGAGAAGCGUAUGACCACAUUUCAAUCCAACUUGAACCAUUUACAAAGUCAAACAGUGUGACUUCGUAAAUGGUCCAAGUGUGACUGUAAUGGUCCAAGUUGGACUGAACCAUUGUUGUAAGCUUCUGUAUUAUGUGCAGGUUAUUUGUGUACAGAGAUUAUUGCCUGCACUUAUAUUGCAUGAUAACAGUUGUAUCAAAAUAUAAUUAAAUUGGCAA